CCGGCCAUUCAGAAGCUUUGGUCUGGAGAGGGAAGAUGCACGUCUUGCUGAGUCUAGUUUGUGUCGUCAGUCUUUUUGGUCAGUAUCAUCUGACACCGUUACCACAAGAUGAACAUGAUGAAUCGAGUCAUACGACCAAACCAGCUCAGAAUGACCUGUCUAUGGCAACUAAAUACCUACAGCAUUUCUACAGUUUCCAAGCAGAUCCUGCAGGCCGCAGGAGGAGGAGCCGACCAUCGUUCUCAUCCAAGCUGAAGGACAUGCAGAGCUUUUUCGGACUCAAUCGAACAGGAACCUUAAAUCCAGCCACCCUCGUUGUGAUGAGAACCCCGAGAUGUGGCGUUUCUGAUGUGGAGGACUACAGUCACAGACGUGGAAACAAGUGGAAGAAAAAUCUCAUUACUUUUGGUGUUGGCCAGUAUACCGGUCACUUACCGGUGAACAUUGUGGACUCUGUGAUCUCAUCUGCUCUGGAUGUAUGGGCGAAGGCCAGUCCUCUUACUUUCCUCAAAUCAUAUUCUCACCAGGCAGACAUCAUGGUGGAGUUUGUAAGAAAUGAUCAUGGUGACUCGUUCCCUUUUGAUGGUCCAGAAGGCACACUGGCUCAUGCUUACGGUCCAGGGGCGGGCAUCGGCGGGGAUGUACACUUUGAUGAAGCUGAAUCCUGGACAGUGGGUUCAAAAGGGUUUAACUUGUAUCUAGUAGCUGCGCAUGAGUUUGGACACGCACUGGGUUUAAAACACUCACAAAAUCCUGAAUCGGUGAUGUACCCGACAUACAAAAACAGAAAAACGCACAAUCUGCUCUCUAGUGAAGAUAUCAUAAAUAUCAACAUACUAUAUGGACCAAGAAACAAAAGGCCCUCUCCGUCUUCGAGGUUUGCAUGGAGCUAUCCCAGUAACCCCUGGCACAGCGGUUCUAAUUUCCCCGUAUCACUGAAGGAAACGUGUAAUCCGGACCUGACUUUUGAUGCUGUCACUACUGUAGGAGAAGCACUUUUCUUUUUAAGAGACAAGUACUUGUGGAUUAAACACAACAACCAAAAUGAUAUAAAGGAAGGUCCUAUCAGCAAUUUUAUGCCAAAUGUUGAUUGCAAGAUCGAUGCUGCUUAUUGGGUGCCACAGCGAGCAGCAGUUUAUCUGUUUAACGGGACUGUUUUCUGGACUGUUAAAGGAUCCCAGGUUAAAGGCAGAGCCAGAAACAUCAGGACGUUUGGGUUCCCGUCAUGGGUCCAGCAGAUAGAUGCUGCAGUCCACAUUCACAGAACCGCACACACCUUAUUCUUCACUGAACACUUGUACUGGAGGUAUAAUGAACAUUACAAGUCUAUGAAUGACUCAAGUCCGCGUAACAUUUCCGAGGAUUUCCCGGGAAUAAAGGGGCCAAUAAAUGCUGCAGUUUAUAAAGAUGGUUUCCUCCAUUUCUUUGUUGGCUCAGAUGUCUACAAAUAUGACAUCAAACAAAAAGAAAUUAUUGGAGCUGAUAAAACAAUGUCCUGGCUUGGGUGUUAAUGGACAAUCCUUUGAAUAACAGUUGAUGACCAUAACCCAAUCUCAUGUUUUUUUUGUCUUUUUAAUACUUUAAUGUGCAGAGAACACGUUUGCACUUCCUUGAGUGCUAACAUUGUUGCUAUUUUAAAACAACUUGUUUGAGUGGUCUAUAAAGUGACUGAAAUGACUCCUGACUCAACGAGUGGUGCGAGUUCACAGCGGGAUUCAAAGGACAUUGAAUGGGUGUGGCAGAAGUGGCAGUGUUUUGGAAACCCAUGUCAAAACAAUCAUUACUUUUGGAGAUUUGUUUAGGGCCGAAGGCGGGACAGAAAUUACACCACAUUUACUGAUUGUGUUGAGAAUGAAAAAGAACCACGUCACGUUUGUUCUUCACGUGAUAACUGCGCCUACUGUGUAAUGUCUAAGAAAUGUGCGUAUGUUCAUAUAAUGUGGUGUAGAAAAGGUUUUACAAAUGACUAAAAACGUAUUGUAAAACGUAUGCCCUUGUUCUGACCUUCUAACUUGCCAUUACACAUAAAUUCUGAUUUGAGGACCUGUGUCCCAUGU